GGAAAACGGAGAUGGACGCACUGAAAGCGGAGUACAGCGAAUUGAUGAACAGCACGCUUCCAAGCGCUGCUCGUUCCAAAUCCUCUUCUCAGGAAAUAUGGCCAGUACAUCUGAAUCACUGCUUCCUUCGCAUCAUACUAGACUCUGUCGUGGGUCAAGGAACAGCUCCCUGGAAGGAAAAGAUCCCAGACCAAAAGAAACCGGCCAUUCAUCAGCUCACGCAAGAACAGUUGCGAGAAUGCAUAGAGCUAGGACAUGCGAUCUUGGACGGAAAAGCGAAUUUGGUAGAGCUGGAUGAGCGCUCUUUGAAGUGCAGAGGAAAAGCUUCAAAGAUCAAGGCGGAGAAGUGAGAGGUGGCUUGCCUAGAUCGCGCUCUGAAAGCACAGCACGUCAUCAGCAAUCCCAAGCUGAAGAAGGAGCAUGGAUAUGCUUCCACGCACACAAUCUUCCACGUCCCUCCUCUCAACCCUAGACCCAUUGCCCCUCCAAGGCGUUUGGCGGGUUACUCUUCGCAGUCAUUUUGAGCUGUGCCAGCACAUCAUGCGUGCUGAGACGAUCGGCGUCGGCAGCUGAUUGCACCAUUUACGAGCACGGUGGAACGAGGGAGUUAACGGUCUUAAUCCUGACGAGCCGCAAAGGCCUUUCCGUCACACUCCACUCACCUGCAAGCUCUUCCAAAG